AGUCCCCAAAUCUGGAGACGUCAGUCUGGCUUGGCCCUCGGCCGGCCGAGGGAGCUUUGCAGUCCCUCCCUCCUCCAAGACCUGGGUCGGCUCCAGAAGAGGAGGGAGCCCGUCAAGACGGAAAUCUGAAAAGAAAACAGCAGGGUCUGUGUGCCCUAGAAGCGGGACGGGCAGCUGGAAACAAUUCUGGAGCCCAAGGAGAGGGCACAAGCUAGAAGCUCUCCGUGAACUUUGCCUCGGCCCGGGUUAAUUUUUACCAGACCCCUCACGGCCACUAGUCCCUCCUCACAGCUAGCAGAUAUAAAGAUCCCGGGCCACCCUGCUGUCGCUCUCCUGCCGUCUACUUGGGCCCCACUGCCCUCCCCUUCCCUCCCUACCACCCUGCACUGAGCCCUGCCACCAUGGCCAGCGGCUUCUUCGUCUCCAAGACGCUGGGCUUUGUGACCAUCUUCUUCGCCGUGGCCUCAGUGGCCACCAUCAUUGCACUGUCGGUGGUGUACUCGCAGGAGAAGAACAAGAACCUGGACGGCUCGGGGGGCACUUCGGUGACCCCGACGGUGGACCCGACGUCUACCCGUUCCACAGCAGACACGACGCCGGACCCAAAGUUGCCGUGGAAUCAAUACCGACUACCCAAGUCGCUGAUUCCAGACUCGUACACGGUUCGGCUGCAACCCUACCUGUACCCAAACGCCGAGGGCCUGUAUAUCUUUAACGGCAGCAGCAGCGUCCGCUUCACCUGCAAGGAGCCCACUGAUGUCAUCAUUAUCCACAGCAAAAAGCUCAACUACACGUCGGAAAAUGAAAAGUCGCCAGUGACACUGAAGGGCCUGGAAGGCGCCACCAGUCCCACUACCAAAAGCUUCGAGCUGGUCGAGGAGACACAGUACCUAGUGGUUCACCUGAAUGAGAAGCUGGAGGCUGGAAAGCAUUACGAGAUGAACACUACGUUUGUUGGGGAACUGGCUGACGAUCUGGCUGGCUUCUAUCGCAGCGAGUAUGAAGAAAAUGGAAAAAUUAAGGUGGUGGCCACAACACAGAUGCAAGCGGCUGAUGCCCGGAAAUCCUUCCCUUGCUUUGAUGAGCCGGCCAUGAAGGCCACGUUCGACAUCUCCAUUGUUCACUACUCCAACCACACUGCCCUCUCCAACAUGCCCGUCAAAAGCACCACAUAUUUGGGCAAUGGCUGGAACCUCACUCACUUCAACACAACUCCCAAGAUGUCCACUUACCUCCUGGCCUACAUCGUCAGCGAAUUUACCAACGUGGAGAAUAAGUCAGACAACAAUGUGCAGAUCCGGAUCUGGGCUCGCCCCAAAGCUAUUGAGGCAGGACAUGGAGAUUAUGCCCUGAACAAAACGGGACCAAUUCUCAAAUUCUUUGAGGACCAUUACAACACAUCAUACCCGCUGCCCAAGUCUGACCAGAUUGCCUUGCCUGAUUUCAACGCUGGGGCCAUGGAGAACUGGGGUCUGGUCACGUACAGGGAGAGUGCGCUGCUCUAUGAUCCGCUAACCUCCUCCAGUAGCAACAAGGAGCGGGUGGCCACUGUCAUCGCCCAUGAGCUAGCCCACCAGUGGUUUGGAAACCUGGUGACCGUGGCCUGGUGGAAUGACCUGUGGCUGAACGAAGGUUUCGCCUCCUAUGUGGAGUACCUGGGGGCCGACAGAGCCGAGCCUUCAUGGAACCUGAAGGACCUGAUAGUGCUGAAUGACGUGUAUCGAGUGAUGGCCAUCGAUGCCCUGGCCUCGUCCCACCCCCUUUCCACUCCAGCAGAGGAGAUCAAGACCCCAGCCCAGAUCAGCGAGCUCUUUGACUCCAUCUCCUAUAGCAAGGGGGCGUCAGUGCUGCGGAUGCUCUCUAGCUUCCUCACUGAGGACCUGUUCAAGACCGGGCUGGCGUCCUACCUUCACAACUUCUCCUACAACAACACCGUCUACCAGGAUCUGUGGGAUCAUCUGCAGGGGGCUGUGGACAAGAAUGCAACGGCAAAAUUGCCAGCCACCGUCCAGGUCAUCAUGGAUCGCUGGAUUCUGCAGAUGGGCUUCCCCGUGCUGACCCUGAACACCACCACAGGCAACGUCACUCAGAAACACUUCCUGCUGGACCCUGAAUCCAAUGUCACACGCCCCUCUCAGUUUGGUUACCGAUGGAUCGUGCCCAUCUCUUACAUCAAAGACAACCCAGGAAAUGAGUUCCUCUGGCUCAACGGCUCAGAGUCGGAGACUUUUGAAGAGUUGAAGGCAAAUGCUAGCCAAUGGGUUCUGUUGAACAUCAAUGUGACCGGUUACUACCGGGUGAACUACGACCAGGAGAACUGGAAGAAGAUCCAGAAUCAGCUGAACGAAAGUCAUCAGGUAAUCCCCGUCAUAAACCGUGCCCAGAUCAUCAGUGAUGGCUUUAAUCUGGCCAGAGCUCAGAUCGUCAACACCACCCUGGCUCUGGACAACACUCUCUUCCUGCACAAUGACACCGAGUACAUGCCCUGGGAAGCGGCGCUCAGCAGCCUGCGGUACUUCAAGCUUAUGUUUGACCGCUCUGAAGUGUACGGCCCAAUGAGGAAAUACCUGAAGAAGCAGGUCACCCCAGUUUUUACCUACUUCGAGGGAGUCACUGAAAACUGGACCAAGCCUCCCCAAAACCUGAUGGAUCAGUACAAUGAGAUCAAUGUCAUCAGCACUGCCUGCUCCAAUGGGGUCAUCGAGUGCCAGGAGCUGGCCUCGAGGCUCUUUCGCGAGUGGAUGGACAACCCAUCCCAGAACAAGAUUGACCCCAAUCUGAGAUCGACCAUCUACUGUAACGCCAUUGCCCGCAGGCGCGAAACAGAGUGGGACUUUGGCUGGGAACAGUUCCGAACGGCCACCCUGGUGACGGAAGGUGACAAGCUCCGGUCAGCCCUGGCUUGCAGCAAAGAGCCCCCAUGGAUACUGAACAGAUACCUGUCCUACACCCUGGAUCCCUCCAAGAUCCGCAAGCAGGAUGCCACCUCCACCAUCAGCAGCAUUGCUAGCAAUGUGAUCGGGCAGCCUCUGGUCUGGGACUUUGUCCGGGGCAACUGGAAAAAGCUGUUUAAUGAUUACGGCGGUGGCUCCUUCUCCUUCUCCAACCUCAUCCAGGCCGUGACCCAGAGGUUUAGCAGCCAGUAUGAGCUGGAUGAGCUCGAGCGCUUCAAGGAGGACAACGCGGAUAUUGGGUUUGGCUCAGGGACACGGGCGCUGGAGCAGGCACUGGAGAACACCAAGGCCAACAUCAAAUGGGUGAACGCCAAUAAAGCCGUGGUUCUCGACUGGUUCCAGAGGAACAGCAAUUAGCCCCUAAAUGGGGAAAGCGGCCUCCCGCAGCCCAAGCCAGACCGGAGUCGUCUCUGCUCAAGUAGGGGCCCCAAGAGCUGGUCCCCACCCCUGCUCCCCCCUGGGCCAAGGCCAGGCUAGGCUCAAGCCUCAGCCCCCUCCCUGCCUGUCCCAGUGCCCCGUUGCCCUCCCCUGGCCAAGUCCAGGCUCCAGCAGGAAGGCUUUGGCCCUGAAGCUCUGGGUUUGAUCUCAGGGAAGCCCAUGCCCCUGGGCAGAAAGACUCAGCAGUGGCAGCGUGGGGGGGGGCCCUCCUGGGUCAGGGUGCACUCCACUGCCUCUCCCAUCACUCCUCCCUGCUCCUCCUCCAACCCACCUCCUUCCCUCCAACUCCCACUGGGACCUAGCAUUGGAGAAAUCAAUGGGGAAAGAUAUCUAUAUUUUUUUCAAGAGAAAAUGUAAAUAAAUAACUUCUAGAUGAGCUUCCA